AUGGGUAUUCUGUCACUCGCUACUCUGGUGCUGGGUGCUUUAGCGCCUCUCGGUGCCAACGGCGCUGAUAUAGUUUCGUCGUCGGGACAAACAGGCACAAUCCCAGGGUGGAGCAUACAAUCCGUCUUGCAUGCCCCUGACAACUUCACCGCGCUGGCCCAGCCAGGCGCCGAUGUGUCAGAAUGGUAUCGAGUGAGCUCCCGGAAGACGGUAAUGGCCGGCCUUAUUGAAGCCGGUGUGUACAAUGAUACCGAGCUGUGGUUCUCCGACAACCUCAAUCAUGUUGUCGAUCGCUCAGUCUUCGGCUCCCCAUGGCUGUACCGGGAUGAGUUCACGUUGCGCCCAAAGAAGGGUCAGCAUUAUUUCGUCGUCACUCAUGGAAUCACCUCCAAAGCGGAUAUAUGGGUCAAUGGCAAGAAGAUUGCCGAUAAGAGUUACCAAGUGGGUGCAUACGGCGGCCACAAAUAUGAAGUCACCAAGCUCCUGCAGGAGGGCCCCAAUGCAAUCCUGGUCCAAGCCCACGAAACCAGCUACCUGUUGGACUCCGCCAUGGGCUUUGUUGACUGGAACCCGUAUCCACCAGACAACGGCACCGGCGUCUGGCGAGAUGUUGAAAUCUCCCAAACCGGCCCCGUUGCUUUGGCUCCGAUUCGUGUUGUGCACGACUGGACGCCUGGCAAGGAGUCAGUCGAUAUCACCAUCAAAGUUAAUGCAACCAACUUUGAGGACCACCUCAUCCACGGCACAUUUUCUGCCCAACUUAGUCUUGAAUCGGACCACGUUCUUGUUCUUUCUCAACCGUUUUCCUUGGAUGCAAACGAGGAAAAGGUCUUGACUGCAACUGGGACUGUCAAGAACCCACAGAUCUGGUGGCCGCGACUCUGGGGCGAUCAACCCCUUUACGAUGUCGGUGUUAAGGUAACAGUUAACGACAAAGUUUCAGACAUUGCAGAGCCUCGGAAAAUUGGCAUUCGCUAUGUGGAAUCAGGAUUGAACGACUUCGGAGACCGUACCUUUAAGGUCAACGGAGAGCGCUUCCUUCCGUUGGGUGGCGGCUACGGCCCGGAUAUGUUCAUGCGAUGGGAUGCGGAAUAUGUACGGCAAAAAUUUGAAUUGAUGCUUGAUUUGGGCAUGAACACCGUCAGACUAGAAGGGAAACAGGAACACCCGGAACUGUUCGAAAUGGCUGAUGAAAUUGGUCUUAUGAUCAUGCCAGGAUGGGAGUGUUGUGACUGGUGGGAGGGAUGGACAUACAACACUGAUGUUCCCGACUAUGUCCGAUUUGACCACCAUGACUACUGGAUUGCCAACUAUUCCAUGCUACACGAGGCAUCCAUGAUGCAGACGCAUCCCAGUAUUCUUGCAUUUUUAGUGGGAUCGGAUUAUUGGCCCGAUAAUCGAGCUGCAUCUAUCUAUGUAGACGGUCUGAAAACCUGGGACUGGCCCAAUCCAAUUGUUGCAUCCGCCGGUGAACUAGGAUCUCCCAAAAUUCUUGGCUCUUCGGGAGCAAAGAUGCUCGGUCCCUACGACUAUGUCCCCCCCAACUAUUGGUAUGGCGGCCAGGUCGGUGCUGCUAUGGGAUUCGGGUCUGAAGAGGGCCCUGGUGUGGGGACGCCGGAGAUUCGAAGUUUGAAGAAGUUUUUGUCGGAUGACGAUUUGAACGAUUUGUGGACGAAGCCGAAAAAGGGUCUCUUCCACAUGUCAAGCAAUGUCUCCUCGUUCUACGACCGCUCGAUCUAUAAUGACGCCUUGUACAACCGAUAUGGCGCGCCCACUAGUCUAGAGGACUAUCUUCUCAAGGCACAGAUUAUGGAUUAUGAGGCUACUCGUGCCGAAUAUGAAGGAUUUGCGUCCCUUCAGGAUGCUCAUCAUCCGGCCACGGGAGUAAUCUACUGGAUGAUGAAUAGCGCCUGGCCUAAUCUGCACUGGCAGCUAUUUGAUUACUAUCUUAACACCGCAGGGUGCUUCUACGGGGUCAAAGUCGGUGCUCGUCCAGAGCAUGUUUCCUACAACUAUGAGAACAAUACCAUCUACUUAAUCAACCGUCUGAAUGGUUUGAACGACGGGGAUGAUGGCUCUCGCUCAGUCUAUGUAGAACUGAUUGAUACAACGGGUACUUCUCUUUCGACCAAGCAGCUCAAUACUACUACAAAACCGAACCAUUCAAAAGAGAUUGCCAACCUCACCGCAUAUGAAAAAAUCAAUGAUGUCGCCUUUCUACGUCUUGUUCUUUCCGAUAAAGAAGAAAACGUCCUUAGCCGCAAUGUCUAUUGGCUCACACCUCAGAACGAUGUAUUACAGUGGGACAACUCGACUUGGUACUAUACACCGAUAACAACAUACUCGAACUAUACUGCUUUGCAGAAUCUAUCAACUGCUAAUGUCAAAACGACCGUCACACCCACAACCGAAAGCUCUAAUUCAACGACAACAUUGCAAGUGCAGCUCAACAACAAAUCCAAGACACCUGCCUUUUUCAUCAGACUUGUGCUGAUUGACUCAAAGACGAAUGAAAAUAUAAACCCCCCAUAUUGGUCGGAUAAUUAUGUCACAUUGUUUCCGGAAGAGUCCAUUACAUUGUCGGUGUCGUUUGACUCCAAACUAUCUGGUUCACCAGCGGUAGAAGUGUCAGGUGGGAAUAUUGCGACGCAUAUCGUGCAAUAA